UAAUAUUGGGGAGUUUUGAAAGUCCAAAACACUAUAUUCUUAAUCUUAUCCUUUUUCAUAUUUCCUUUUGUGUCUUUGAAAUAGAGUUGGAUGGAGAGAUUGUGUUUGUAGAAGGCAUGGCUGGUUCAUCAUCUAAUCCUAAGUCUCAGAUGGUUUUUGAUGUUUUCAUUAGUUUCAACAGAGACGAAGAAGACGAAAAUUACAGACGUUUUAGAAAGGAAUUAUACGAGAACCUGCGUGGAUGGGGAAUGAAGGUGUUUAUGGAUGAUGAUCAUGAUAAUCAUGAUGAGGAUAAGGUGAGUGAUAAGAUUGUGAAAGCAAUUGAAGGAUCAAAGACUUGCAUAGUUGUUCUAUCAAAGGGAUAUGCUUCUUCCAAGUUGUGUUUGAGAGAGUUGGUUAAGAUACACAAAACCACAUACCAGGUUCUUCCUCUGUUUUGUAUUGAUAAGACUAGUAAUGUUUUAUUUGGUUGUAAAUAUUUUUUUGGUCAAGCACUUCGAGAUUUCAUUCGUAAUGGCCCAAAAAACAAAAACUGGAAGGAGGUCUAUGGAUGGAGGGACGCUAUGUCACAAAUUUGCUCUCUCUCUGGAGUUGUUCUACAACCAUUAAAUUUGUUGUCCGACACUAGAAAAAUCAGAAGGAUGAUAUUUGAUAAGUUGCUUAAUCUUAAGUUGGAAGCCAAAAAUAGUUAUUUAUUUGAAAUGGAACAUCGAUUAAGAACAAUGGAAAUGCUCCUUGGCAUAGGCUCAGACGAAGAACCAGCACGUUUGAUAGGGAUAGUAGGGAUGGGAGGUAUUGGUAAGACAACCAUCGCCAAACUUCUUUAUGACAAAUUUGCAACUACAUUUAGCAAUAAUUGUUGCUUUCUUCACAUUUCUGGAAGCAAUAUAGUCUCAUUGCAGCAACAACUACUUUCACAACUUUUUUUCCUACAAGACAUCAAAAUUUGUGAUGAGAAUGUUGGAGUUGAAAGGAUUAAGCAUAAUUUGAGAUCAUGUCAAAAGGUGCUUCUCGUUUUCGAUGGGAUAACCGAAAAAAGUCAAUUGGAAAUGUUAGCUGGAAGCCCUGAUUGGUUCCCUGCAAAGAGUCGAAUCAUUGUUACAACCAGAAAUAAACAUAUUCUUCGUCAAAUCAACUUCAAAUACAAAGUGCAAGAAUACAAUGUAGAAUUACUUUCUCAUACCAGUGCCUUCUCCCUCUUCUGCAAGCAUGCAUUUCGACGAAAACACCCUCCUGAUGACAAUUUUCAGGAACUUUCUAAUGAGAUAAUCGAAAAGGUUGGAACACUCCCAUUAGCUGUGAUCAAAAUAGCAUCUUCUUUGUAUGGUCAAGGUAUAGAUGUAUGGGAAGAUAAAUUGAAGGGUUAUCAUAAACUAGUUUUUGAUAAUAUUUUCUCUGAUGUAUUAAAGUCAAGUUAUGAAGGAUUAGAAGCAGAGAGCCAACAGAUUUUUUUGGAUUUGGCAUGUUUCCUCAAUGGAGAGAAGGUGGACAGAGUGACUGAAAUACUUCAAGGCUUUGGUUAUAACUCACCCGAUGCUCAAUUGCAAUUGUUGGCAGAUACAUGUCUUAUUGAUAUUUCAAAUGAGCAUAUACAAAUCCAUAUCUUGAUUCUUUGUAUGGCCCAAGAACUUGUGCGCCGCAAGCUGGGAACUCAUCAACAAACCAGGAUUUGGCUACGAGAAGAUGCUAGUCGUGUUUUUCAUGAAAACUAUGAUUUAAAAUGCAUUCAAGGAAUAAUGAUGGACUUAGAGGAGGAAGAAGAAUUAGUAUUGGAGGCCAAGUCAUUUGCAGAUAUGACUGAGCUAAAAAUUUUACAAAUAAACAAUGUGCAAAUUUCUGAGGAUAUUGAAUGUCUGUCAAACAAAUUGACAUUGCUCAACUGGCCAGGCUAUCCUUCAAAGUAUUUGCCAUCAACUUUUCAACCGUUACCUCUGCUUGAAUUACACUUGCCUGGUAGUAAUGUUGAACGACUUUGGAAUGGAACGAAGAAAUUUGGGAAUUUGAAGGAGAUCGAUGCGAGUGAUUCAAAGUAUUUGGUUGAGACUCCUGAUUUUUCAGAGGUUCGAAAUCUUCGACGAUUGAUUUUACGUAAUUGUGGAAGACUACAAGAAGUUCAUUCGUCAAUCAAUAGUCUCAAACGUCUUGUUUUAUUGGAUAUGGAGGGCUGUGUCCAUUUUACAAGGUUUUUAUUUCCUAUCACUUGCAAAAGGCUCAAGACCUUACGUCUUUCUAACUCUGGUCUUGAGUUUUUUCCAGAGUUUGGAUGUUGCAUGGAAUAUUUGAUUGAGCUACACAUUGAUGGGACUUCCAUAAAUCAAGUUUCUCCCUCCAUUACGUAUCUAAUUGCCUUGGUUUUAUUGAACCUAAAGAAUUGUAUUAGACUUUCUAGUCUUUCAACUGAAAUUGGUAGCCUGAGUUCACUUAAAACUCUCAUUCUGAAUGGCUGCAAAAACUUGGACCAAAUUCCACCAAGUUUGGGGAAUAUAAAGCCUCUUGAGGAGCUUGACGUUGGGGGAACAUCCAUAAGUGUAAUUCCGUUCUUGGAAAAUCUAAGAAUUUUGAACUGUGAAAGGCUGAAAAGCAAUAUCUGGCAUUCUUUGGCUAGUUUGCCAACACAAUCUUUUCGGUCACUUGAAGAUUUAAAUUUAAGUGAUUGUAAUCUUGUGGAUGAAGACAUUCCUAAUGAUCUUGAACUCUUUUCCUCAUUGGGAAUUCUAGAUCUCAGCAGCAACCAUUUUGAAAGGCUGUCAGAAAGCAUCGAACAACUUAUUAACCUUAAAGCAUUGUACUUGAAUGAUUGCCACAAGCUAAAGCAAGUACCCAAGCUUCCACCAAGUUUACGAUAUGUGGGAGGAGAAAAGUCCUUGGACAUGUUAAGAAUUUCUCAAGGUUCUCCUGCAAUCACCUUAUCAUCUUCACCAUCUAAUGCUCCUCUCUUGACAAAUUCUGACAAUUUCCUAGACGAAGAUGAUGAAGAUUACAGCAAUGAAAAUGGCUUUUUUUGGAACUAUAUGUGGAAGCAGUCUAAUCAUAAGUUGGUACUUUCUUACGAAACUAGUUUUGUUGGAAUUGAGAAUCAAGUGGUGGAAGUGUGUAAUCUCCUGGACUUAGAAAGGCCCAAUGACAUACUUUUUGGGGGGAUAUUUGGAUCAAGUGGCAUAGGAAAAACAAGCAUUGCUGAAGUUGUUUACAAAACAAUUAUAGCUGAAUUUGAGAGGUUGUUUUCUUUACCUUUCUUCAAAGCAAAACAGUUUGGCCCACUUCAGCAUGAAAUGUUUUCUGAACUUCUAUCAGAAGAAACUAAAAUAUGUGAUGAAGAUCACGGGGCACGACUGAUUAAGCAUCACAUGAGUAAUAGAAAGGUUCUUAUUGUCCUUGAUGGAGUUGAUGAAACAAGGCAAAUUCAAAAGUUAGCUGGAAGUCCGGAUUGGUUUGGAGCCGGGAGCAGAGUUGUUAUUACGAGUAGAAAUAGAGAUGUUCUUGAUCAACUCAAUUAUAGUGAUGAAGUGAAAGAAUACAACGUGGAGUUACUUUCUCAUGAGAGUGCUUACUCACUGUUUUGUAGGUAUGCAUUUGAAGAUAGGCCUUUUGAUAAAAAAGAACUUUGUAAUGAAAUUGUGGAAAAGGUUGGAAGACUUCCAUUAGCUUUGAAAACCAUUGGUUCGUACUUGCAUAAUAAGGAGUUGGUUGUAUGGAAAGAAACAUUGAAGAGACUAGAUGAAGUGGAACAAGAAUUCUUUGAUACAAUAUUGCAGAGAAGUCGGAAGAAUUUACACCAACAUUAGGCCAAAUUUAGCUACUUCUUUUUACUCAAGAUCCAACAUGCCUGGCAAAUAAGUAUAUGUAUUAUUAUUACUAAUUUUCACACUUCUUCGUUCUUUGUUAUGUCAUUAAUUUAUACAUGCAUGUAUAUAUACUUUAUUGGCUUAGGGGAGUUCCAAAAAAAAAAAACCAAAUUGUUUAUAUAUAUAUAUAUAUAUAUGUAUGUAUUUUGCAA